GCGGACAGAGAUAGGGUCGCGGCGAGUCGGCGGCGGCGGCGCCGCGAUGACCACGCUCCGGGCCUUCACGUGCGACGACCUGUUCCGCUUCAACAACAUUAACUUGGAUCCACUUACAGAAACUUAUGGGAUUCCUUUUUACUUACAGUACCUUGCCCACUGGCCAGAGUAUUUCAUCGUUGCAGAGGCACCUGGUGGAGAGUUAAUGGGUUAUAUUAUGGGUAAAGCAGAAGGCUCAGUGGCUAGGGAAGAAUGGCACGGGCAUGUCACAGCUCUGUCUGUUGCCCCGGAAUUUCGACGCCUUGGUUUGGCUGCUAAACUUAUGGAGUUAUUAGAGGAGAUUUCAGAAAGAAAGGGUGGAUUUUUUGUUGAUCUCUUUGUAAGAGUAUCUAACCAAGUUGCAGUCAACAUGUACAAGCAGUUGGGCUACAGUGUAUACAGGACGGUCAUAGAGUACUAUUCAGCCAGCAACGGGGAGCCUGAUGAGGAUGCUUAUGAUAUGAGGAAAGCACUUUCCAGGGACACUGAGAAGAAAUCCAUCAUACCAUUACCUCAUCCUGUAAGGCCCGAAGACAUUGAAUAACCAUGGGCAGUGGUUCUUAGGCUGAUGCUCCAGGUAUUUUAUAGACAAUAUUAUUUUCAUUGGAUGAUCUUGGACCUCUAUUAGGAGAAAAGUAAUCAUUUAGGUCUUAAAGACUUCAAGAAAAUGCAGGUUCUAAACUUUAAAUCUCAUUGUUUCCAGUUAGCAAUAUCAUACCUAGUAAAGCUAUAUGCUAGGGAAAAGACUUGCUCCAGUCUCCUCAAUUUUGUGCCUGAGAACCACUGCUGCAUAUACAUUUUUUAUUUUGUAUUGAACUGUUAAUUGAAGCUUUAAAAGCAUAUAUGAAAUGUAUAGGUCUAAGAUGUAUAAUAAAAUGCACUGUUGACUCUA